AUGAAUGUUCUCUCCACGCGUGCCUGCCUGUACCCUUCAGACAGCCGCUUAGCUCAAGGUGCUGAUGUGUUGAGUGCAGAUGGGGAGAUGGCGAGAGUGCCGUCGGCACGUUGCAUCUGAUCUUUAUCUUGUUGGCUAGGCCAGGGGGCGUGUUUCUGUUGAUGGGCUGUGUAAUUGUGUAUUUGUAGUCUGCUAGAGACAAACUCCGUAGAAACUCUGCAAACACUCUGUCACACAGAACACCAGAGAUGGCACCACACAGAAAUGUCAGUACCUGUCAGAAUUUGGAACUUAACGCAAGUGUGGGGUCCAGUGCCUUGCGGCCCAUCAUGGCGGUGCUGGCAGGUUGUUGUGUCCAGCCCUCCCCGACUGUUUUUAUAUAGUCUUGGUUGUGGAUGAACUUGAUUACCUCAGAGUCAAGCAUGCAUGAAGAAAAUACAUGAUUACCUUGCUGUUUCAUGUUUAGUGUCCAUAACGUUUUUUUCCAUGGAGAUCGCCACUUAGUGAAGUUGUAAUUUAUCCUAAUGUGUGAUGUCAUUCAACUCUGAUGUAAGGAUCAAGCCACUAUUGAGCCCUGAGGCGUUGUCCUUGUAUGUGUUGGCGACUUCCUUCUCUGACAUAUUUUCUCUCCUUCUCUCUUCCUUUCCCUCUCCUCUUCCUCCUCCUCUCCUAGAUGAUGUGCGAGGUGAUGCCCACCAUCAGCGAGUCGGAGGGGCCUUCGGCCGGCCGGCGGGGGUCUGGCUCGCCUCUGCAUUCAGACUCGGAGGGACACUUUGAGUCUCUGAUGGUGUCCAUGCUGGAGGAGCGCGACCGGCUGCUGGACACGCUGAGGGAGACCCAGGAGAACCUAGGCCUGACCCAGGGCAAGCUGCACGAGGUCAGCCACGAGAGGGACUCGCUGCAGAGGCAGCUUAACACCGCCCUGCCCCAGGUAAGAGACCUGAAGCUGGUGCUACUGAUGAUAGUGAGGCUGCUGAUGCUACUGAUGAUAGUGACGCUGCUGAAGCUGGCGGUCAUGUACAGGAUACACGGAUUAGGUGUACACUGUUCUGUCUUGCCGAAGACUGAACCUCCACUCUCUCAACCAGUGUUUUUUAUUUGUUCUUUUUGAAAUAUGGUGAAAUCACAUGAUUUAAGGCCUGCUAUACCAUUUAAAUCAUCUAGACUACUGUGGUAAAAAGAUAACUCUUCUAUCUUGCUUCAAUGCUCUUCCCCACAGGCGGAGAGUGA